AUGGUCAAGGUAUUUCAAAGGUGGCGGGGCGUGGCGGGCGGCGGCGGGUCCACAUGGCAGCCUGCUGUGACUGAGCCACACCACCGCGCCGCCACCAUGGCCACCAAGCUGGAAGAUACACUUAACAAGCUUCUCGUGGCUGAUAAUGCUGUCAUACAAGAAGGAACAAAGGAGCUGGGGGAAUUGCUCAAGACACCUGGUGUGGUUGGUGAGUUAUGUAAAGUGAUGGGUACUUCAACUGCCCCUCAAGUCAGGCAGUAUGCUGCAGUCAUUCUCCGUAAACGCCUUGGCAAGAGCAGACACUGGGUAAAAUUGGAGCCUAAUGUUAAAGAUGGAAUCAAAGAAGGAGUGCUGCAGGCAUUAAUGAGAGAGCCCGAGAGUAGUGUGCGGAAUGCUAUUGCACAGUUUGUUGGUGUCAUUGCCCGUCAUGAACUGAGUGCAGGAAAUUGGCCAGCACUCCUGCAAUUUAUACAACAAAUGGUUCAGUCCCAGAAUGUUCAAGAAAGACAGCUUGGUGUGUAUGUGGUGAGUGUGGUGAGCAGUGUAGCUGGAGAUCAGCUGUUGCCACACCUUCAUCACUUGCUCCAUCUUUUUUCGGCUACCUUAGAAGACACCACAUCACCUGCUGCCUUCCAUACCAUCCAGGCUCUCACAAACUUUGCUCCACUUGUAGGACAAGAAAACAUGAAUGAGUUUCAGUCACUGCUUCCUAAGGUGCUGGUUGCUAUCAAGGCACUGCUGAGUCAGGAUGAGGAUCAGGCAGCCGAAUCCAUGGAACUCUUUGAUGUACUGGCCGAGUGUGAGGUUGCUCUUCUGGUACCUCAUCUGAGACCAGUGAUUCAACUUUGUCUUGACAUCAGUGGAGACAAGAAUCUGGGAGAAACUGUAAGAGUGAAGGCCAUCACCUUCCUUGGAUACAUCACAAGGCUCAAGAAAAAGUACAUUUUGAAAAACAAGCUGGUGGUGCCACUGGUGUCUGCAAUGUUCAGUGUUGCAUGCAGUGAGAGUGAAGAUGAUUCAUGCCUUGGAUUCUUUGGUGGAGAGGAAGGAGAGGGUGGCAGCUCUGUGCAUGCAGCUGCUCAGACCCUGGAUGCCUGUGCACUUCACCUCCCUCCAGACAAGCUUCUUCCAUGUCUGAUGGCCCAAGUAGAGCCAGCACUUAAGAGUGGAAACCCUCACCAGGUUAAAGGAGCCUACUUAGCUUUGGCCAUGGUGGCAGAGGGCUGCGCUGACACACUGCGCCAUAAACACCUCCAUCCUCUUCUUCAGUGCAUUUGCCAUGGUAUUACCAGUGAAAAUCAGUUGGUGCGCAACAGUGCAUUGUUUGCCUUGGGUCAAUUUGCUGAGCACCUGCAGCCUGACAUCAGCAAGUACCAUGCUGAUUUGCUUCCUGUGCUGUUUGAAUACUUAACACAGAUUUGUGUGCUUGUAGGUAAGGGAGGGAAUGAUCCUCCGGGUGUAGAUCGCAUGUUUUAUGCUCUGGAGGUCUUUUGUGAGAAUUUAGAAGGGGAGCUCUUGCCUCAUCUGCCAGCCCUCAUGGAACGUCUCUUUGCUGUUCUUGCGGCUCCAACUUCUGUUCACAUGAAGGAGCUUGCCAUCAGUGCUAUUGGAGCUACUGCUAAUGCUGCCAAGGAACAUAUGUCACCAUACUUCCAACAAAUAGUGGAGAUGCUGAAGGGCUAUCUCACUGUUGAUCAAGCUGAUGAAACUAUGACCCUUCAAGUGCAAUCAUUAGACACACUUGGUCAGUUGGCAAGAUGUAUGGGUGUUGAAAAUUUCUUAGUCUAUGCACCUGAUUGUGUCAGCCUAGGCCUGGGGCUUAUGGAACGCAAGGAUGACCCAGAUGUUCGCAAGACUUGCUACUUGUUGUUUGCAUCCCUGGCAUCUGUCAUGAAGGGAGAAAUGGCUGUGCAUCUCCCAAAGAUUAUGGACCGCAUGAUGCUGUCGCUGAGGAGUACUGAUGGAGUUGUGACCCACUUUAAAGAUGAUGAAGGUGGCUUACCCACAACCAUUGAAGGACUGAGUGACUCGGAGGAGGAGGAAGAAGGUGAAGUGGACUUGUUAGGUAAUGAAGAGACCGAGGAUGAAGAUGUAGCUGGGUAUUCUGUAGAAAAUGCUUUCCUAGAAGAGAAAGAAGACACUUGUGUUGCUCUUCGAGAGCUAUCUUUGCAUUGUGGGGAUGCCUUUCUCCCUUACAUGGAUAAGAGUGGAGAGGAGGUAUACAAGAUGCUCAACUAUCCCAAUGAAGAUGUGAGGCAAGCUGCAGUUAAUGCCAUGGCCCAGUUUGUUAUCAGCCUUUCUAAGAGUUCUGCUCCCGAGGCUGCUGAAGGCUUUAAGAAGUGGAUACAAGUAUUUAUUCCCAAGUUAUCCGAAUUGAUACGCACAGAUGAAGAAAGGUCAGUUGUAAUGGCCUGUCUCGAAGCUUAUGCCGAGGUGCUGAAGGAAGUGGGUGCUCCAGUGCUGGUGCCCCAGGGUCACUUGGAAGCCAUCAUUAACUGUGUUAGGGAUGUCAUGGAGAAAAAGACUAUGUGUCAAGAUAUGGCAGAUGAAGCUGGAAGUGAAGAUGAAGGUGAAGCAGAACAUGAUGAGAUGCUAAUUGAGUAUGCUGGAGAAGUUGUUCCUAGCUUGGGAAAAGCUAUGACACAGGAUGCAUUUGCUGCUCAGUUUGCUCAGCUUCUUCCACUUUUUGCAAAUAAAACAAAAACAAACUGUAGCAUUGCUGAGCGUUCCUUUAGCCUGGGAACACUAGCAGAGUCUGUGGAGGCCCUAGGCACUGUGAGUGGCAAGUUUGUGCCUCAGUUGCUGCCACUGUUUCAACAAGGUGCCUAUGAUGAGGAUGAUGAAGUCCGUUCCAAUGCUAUUUAUGGCCUUGGAGUUCUUGGUCAGCAUGGGGGUGAAGCAAUCCUCAGCCAUUAUCAUGCCAUCCUGGGCGUGUUGUCAGCAGCUCUCAGCAAGGAAUCUUUCCCACGAGCCUUGGAUAACAUCUGUGGAGCAGUUGCCAGACUCAUCACUGCAAAUCCAGGAAAUGUACCAUUAGAACAGGUGUUUCCUGUUGUCCUGGGAUGUUUGCCUUUGCGGGAAGAUUUUGAAGAAAAUUCAACAGUGUUUGAAUGUUUCCUCAAGUUGUAUCAAGGGCAAUACCCAAUACUUGCUCAAAACCUGGUGCCUGUGCUGCGUCUAGCUGCUCUUGUGUAUUCCACUAAGCAGGCAGAUGAUAAAACAAACAAAUUAAUUCAAGAACUGGUUAGUAGUGCAAGUCGUGACUUCUCUGAGCAGUUCAACUCCUUAGUGCAGAGUUUGGAGCCAGAGAUUGUUGCCAGACUUCAGGCAGCCUUGGCAGCAGCUGCUCCUGCCACAUCACCCACUGCAUCCUAAUGUUCGAUGAUAUUUUUGGACACCUUUGCAAUUUGAUUGUGCAUCUUCCAGAAAAUACAAUGAAAUUAAAGCCAACUAUUAAUCUUGUUAGAGAAACUGGAUUAAUUUAACUAUUUAUUGCAGUGUAGCAUUAUUAAAUUAAUAUGCUUUCAGUACUUAGUGCAGUGUGGAAGAAUGUUUGACCCGUCUGAAUCAUUCAGGCAGUGCCUUCAUCAGUGGAAUUUCAUUGUCAAUCUUAACAGCUGUUUUGCACGAUUCAUGGUACUACAAUCAAAUAGUACUGUCACCACAUACUUUAGCUUAAUCAAUGGGAAAACAUGCAAAACAUAUUCAAUAUUGAAACUGUUGCCAUCAAAAGACAAAUAAGUAGCUGACAAUAAAUGAAGAUUUGUAUAUGGUGUCAGCUAUAACACUUAUGUAAAGAGUGUGUGUGUGUGUGUGUGUGUGUGUGUGUGUGUGUGUGUGUGUGUGUGUGUGUGUGUGUGUGCACGCACAUGCAUGCAUGCAUGCACACAAGCAUGUUUGCUAUUGUCAGUCCUUCCAGUGAAUGGAUCAUUCGGUGACUUGGUGGGUGAUUGAUAUUAUAAUUGUAGCGAUUGCCAGUGUUACUUAUUUUAACAAGGUGGUAUUCUCUCUCUAUCAUUAUUAGCUUAAGUCUUAUCCAUCAUCUUACUUAUGUAUGAUGAGUGUUCCUCUUAGAGUACAUCCAUCACAUAAUAUAGAUGAUAAUUAAUAUACUGUAAUAUUUCAGUGAAGCAAUAUUCCCUAUAAAAAAGUUACUACCAAUAAAUAGACAUUUUACAAUCAAUGGUGCUGUUAGCUUCCCCCAUUGGGCUGGGUAAGUUGGUGAAGGGGCAGAAAAUUAUUACGAAGUUUGUUGCUCAUUGAAAUUCUAUCCAUCUCAAUUUACGUGGCAGCUGAGUUACUUUAGCCCAAAGACAAUCUUAUCAUGGAAACAGUAUUGUAUGAAGAUACUACAAUAAUUGCUUAUGUAACUAAAAAGUAUCCCUGUGAUGUAAAUUAUACUGAACUCACAUUGAUAAACCGAUAAAACAGAUUCUGUACAGUAAAGUAUAUAAGAAGUAAUGUAGAAAUUCAAAACCCUUGAUCUAAAUUCAUCUAUCUUUAAGAAUCAGGAACCCCAGCACAAGCAAUAAAAUGUUUGGACAACAAAGAAUAUUUCAUUGGAUCAAUGAAAACAAGGGAUUUGCUUGAGCAAGAAAACCAAUCUACAUUGUUUUAUAGAUAUUGCUUUAGAUAUACUAAAUAUAGCCUGGUUGCAUGGUUUUUACUAUAUUCAAGAGAUGUUCUUUAUGUUGUGCUUGUUACUUUUAUAUUGUAGUUUUAAGGAACUAAUGAUGAUAUAUGCAACAACACAAUAUAUGUUUACAGCAUCAGUAGUGUUCAUUCCUGUGUCUUGUAAGCAACCCUAUGGGCAUGUAUGCAACUCUUGACUGCAAAGAUUACUCUUACUCAUGACAUUAGUUUGUAAAACUCUGAUGUGAAGCAGUAUUGAUAUGAAAGCUUAACAAAGUAGGAACAUUAAAAGAUAGAAAAAAAAAAAAAAUAUAUCCUCAUGAUAUAAAUCUGACCAAAUUCACAAUUUUGUAGGAUGAAUUUCUUCCAUUAAAUAAUAUCUUGAGAAAAUUUUCAAUUAAUUUAAGUUGGCAUUGUCUAAGUAUUUUUGUAAAAGGACUCCAUCCAUAUUCAUCACAUUCCAGAUAAUUGGACAACAAAUAUUAUGAUCCUCUUUUAGAAUAUUUUCUAAAAUUAGCAAAGUAUAAAUUCAUGAUGUAAAUAACUCACAGGGUUUAUAAAUACCAACCCCCAAUAUCUUCUGCUCACUUAAGAGUUAUUGUAAAAUCCCUUCACAGCAAGUUCUGAGCUAGAAGAGACCAUACAAUUAUAAAAAAAAAAAAAACAUCAUGCUGACUAUGAUGUCAUUAAUGUCUUAUAUAUGAACUGACAACAAAAUAACAAUGAUUUCGCCAACAAUAGAAACUAGUGUGUAUUGCAGCAAUUUUAAUUUGCACACCUACUUUAAAAACAAGUCUUUCAUUUAUCAUACAUAUACUAAUAUACAAUUUUUGAGGGCUUGUAUAAAAAAAAAGUUCUCAGAUGGGAUUAUAAGAUUGGAACACAACUAUUUUUUGUCUGAAAAUAUGAAUAAAUUUUAUAGAAAAAAUUAGGGAAUCUCAACAAACUAGUUACUCCAUAUAAAUUAUUUACACAUGUCUUCUUCACAUUAGUGUCAGUGACAAUAUAUCUUCCUUAUGUAAUGAAGAUUUCAAGGCAACUUGUUCACAUCAGAUGACACUGAGCCAAUAAAGUCAGAUUAUCUUUCCAGAACUUCCUUGGAGAUGCUUUGGUAUGUGUGUGUAUUUGUUAUUUUAAUCCAACCAUAACUUCAAAUGUCUGCAUGUUUAUGUUAGUGAUAAUUUUAGUAACACAUUCAAUGAGAUCUCUUAAUACCAGAAGCUUACAUUUUCAACUUAUGAUAUUGUUGCAUAUUCUGAAACUAUUUCCACGUUAAUGUUAUUUUCAAACCUGGUUAAUAGACCAUUAGGAUUCACUAUGAGUGAUGUGACCAUUAGGAUCCACUAUGAGUGAUGUGACCAUUAGGAUCCACUAUGAGUGAUAUGACCAUUAGGAUCCACUAUGAGUGAUGUGACCAUUAGGAUCCACUAUGAGUGAUGUGACCAUUAGGAUCCAAUAUGAGUGAUGUCUUCGAUUCUGGCAUCAUGAGGUUAGCAUUGAGUUUCAUCUCUCGCUGACUGCCUUUCCUCCAGAUUCAUAAACCAUUACUUUAAUUUUAAUUGACUUAAAUAUAGUUCUUAUGGUCAUUCCUGAUAUAUCAAGGACCUUGUGUAUUUGUGGAAUGGAGAUCACCAUCAUUACAUAAUUAUUUAUGGUCUUUCACAUGGGAGGGAGUGUGUUAGUCUUAAGUAUGAGGGGAUAAUCAUGAUAAUUAUUGUUUAGUCUGUGAAAAUGAGGGAAUGAUUAUGAUAAUUAUUGUUUAGUCUGUGAAAAUAGAGUGGAAUUAACAAAAUAGAUAUUAACCAGUAAACAUCAACUCAUGUUGCUUGUUUUUUUUUUUUUUUUUUUUUUUUUUUUUUUUUUCUUUCUCUCUCUUUUCUCUUUUCUCUUUCCUUCAUUAGCAUAUGGAUUCUUAGAUCACUGCUUACUAACCUUAAAGAAAAUUAAGAGAACAACACUCAAUGUUAAGCAUUCAUAAUAUGUAAAUAGAUGUUGAGAAACUUCCAUGUACUCUCAUUCGUUAAGGUCUGCUAUCAACAUGAAAGCAGCAGAACCUAUGUAAUGUUUUCACAGUGAUGUGCACCUACAUGCCUGUGCGUUUGUCUUAUUACGGCAAUUUUCUGUUUUAGGAUUUCUGUUUAAGAAAAGGAAAAAGGAAAUUUAAGAGCAUUAGACAAUUUUGGUUUUACCUAAUGUUUCUUGAUUUACAUGCAUCUCAAAACCUGAAUCAGAUAAGUCCCUCAAUUUUCAACAUCCUCACAAUAAUUUCCUGGCUUUAAGCAUUGAAAUUAGGAAAGAUAUUUUUCACUUUGAACUGCUGAGGAUAAAGGUUUUCCUUGGCAUUGGUUUAUGUGAAUGUUAUUCCAUCAAGUCACAAUCCAUUGCUGUUGCAGUUUUGAUUUUUCUUGGGUGAGUGAUCUCUGGAUCUCAAAUCUAAUUAUAAUGCUCGGUCUUGUGCAAUGUUUCUCCAAAUAUCAUGGGAAAUUUAGUGGUGCAUGCAUAUCAGUUACAAUAUAUUCUCCUUUGCCUACAUAGAUAUUUAUGCAUUAUGAAAUGGAGUUACACUCGACUAGCUGAGUCCCUUUGUAGACAUAUUAGAAUUUUCUAAGGAAUACAUGGCAUGGUCAUACUCAAUAUUUGAGAAAAAAUAGAAAUAGAAGGAAGAUGCUUUCAAUGGAAAUCAGAACAUUCUAUACAUGUGAUGGAAAUUCAAACUAAAUUUGUCUUGACAGGUUUGCAGUCAAUAAAAUUUUUAUAUUUGUACUCAAAAGUAUUAGAAUGUGAUUUAAGUUUUUAUGUUAAUGGACAUUUGUGUCUUUCACUAGAAUUUAAGAAAAUAUUGUCUAUGUGGUUAGACAUAAGCACAUUAGAAUUUAGAACAGCUCCACCAAUGCUUUAUUAUUUAAAAAAUAUAUUCAUAUUGAGGGUAAAGCCAAAGAAGUUCAUUGGUAUUUUAAGAAUCAAAUUGGGAUUAUAAAAAGUCCCCAUGAAAGCAUUUUAAUUACAUAGUAUUUGACUGAGAACAAACCUUGUCAAUUUUAAUGUGAUUAGUUUCUAAAAGUUAAUAGCUUGUCUUGUGCAUCUUCUGAUCUCUAGUGGUUAAAUAAUACUGGACAUUGUACCUCUAUGAAGAUGUACUGAAUUAAUGAUACUCCUGUAUGGUGGAAAUUGAUUAUUGUAUGGAAAGUUACUACCUCUUGGUAGAAUGUAUGGCAUGACAGCAUUUAAACCUGAAUGCAUUUCUGAGUAUUGGAGGGUGAUGAUGUCUAAGCAUAAAGUUGGCUGUGGAGUGUGUGAGGCAAGGAAGUGUUACCCGUUUCUGGAUAUAAUUUAUUGUUACAUGAACAUUGUUUAUUUGAGUUUGAUCCAUAAAUCUUGUUAUGUAAUGCUUAAAUUUGUCUUGCAUGUAUCUUUUUUAUACUCAGAAUUCAUUAAAUGAUAUAUUUCAAUUAAAAAAUGGUGGUAAUUUGUACAUUUUGAAAUUUUGUUCAAACUGCAAUUUGGAAAUUUAUUCCAGCAGUAAUUAAAUUGUUGAAAGGAAAUAUGUCUUCAAUCAUGCUUCAGCUGAUAAGGAUCUAGUCUACCUGAUAUCUUAAGUGUGUGAUGCAGAAAUACAAGUUGUGUAUGGGAUUGGAGCAGUUCAGUUAGUAUAGUUUCUUUUUUUUUUUUUUUUUUUUUUUUUAUACAUAUAUAUAGGAGUUAGUGUGGAAACUAUUCACCAACUAUUUUUAUACAUCUGAAAGUGCCUUGUGUAAUUCAUAAACAGUGAUAUAGUCAGCCAAGCUUGUUAUCUUAGUAGAAUGCUUAUGAAAUAAAAUCCUUACAGGUGCAAUUGUUU